GAAACUGAAGAUUUAAGGAAAAAUGUUGUUUUAAAAUGUUCUGACUUCAAAGAAUGAUACCAGAAACUUAAAAAGGGGCUGCACUGAUUGGCAGGGGCCCUGGAGGGCUGGCCCUGGAUCCUGAUUGACCUUCUGCCAGGGAGACACAUGAGGCUGAAGAUGAAUUUGGGAAAAGUAGCCACUUGCUACCUUAGCUAUGGAAAAGCAGGGCCACAGUGAGAUGGAAAUGACCCCUUCAGAUCCUUUCUCCUACAUUAAAUUGUUGAAAGUCAACCGGGAGCUACUGGUCACUCACAUCCGUAACACUCAGUGUCUGCUGGACAACCUGCUGAAGAAUGACUAUUUCUCAGCUGAAGAUGCCGAGAUUGUGUGCGCCUGCCCCACCCAGCCCGACAAGGUCCGCAAAAUUCUGGACCUGGUACAGAGCAAGGGCGAGGAGGUGUCUGAAUUCUUCCUCUAUGUGCUCCAGCAACUCACAGACGCUUACGUGGACCUCAGGCCUUGGCUGUCAGAAAUCGGCUUCUGCCCUUCCCACCUCAUUCAGAGCAAAGCUGUUGUCAACACCGAUCCAGUGAGCAGGUACACACAGCAGCUGCGCCACCAUCUGGGCCGUGAGUCCAAAUUCAUGCUGUGCUACGCCCAGAAGGAGGAGUUGCUGCUCGAGGAGAUGUACACGGACACCGUCAUGGAGCUGGUCGGCUUCAGCAACGAGAGUCUGGGCAGCCUGAGCAGCCUGGCCUGCCUCCUGGACCCCACCACGGACGUCCUCAACGAGCAGGGUGAGACCAUCUUCAUCUUCGGCGACGCGGGGGUGGGCAAGUCCAUGCUGCUUCAGCGGCUGCAGCACCUCUGGGCCACUGGCCAGCUGCACGCGGGGGUCAAGUUCUUCUUCCACUUCCGCUGCCGCAUGUUCAGCUGCUUCAAAAAGAGUGACUCGCUGUAUCUGCAGGACCUGCUCUUCAAGCACUAUUGCUACCCGGAGCAGGACCCCGACCAGGUGUUCGCUUUCCUGCUGCGCUUUCCCCAAGCGACCCUCUUCACCUUUGACGGCCUGGACGAGCUGCACUCAGACUUUGACCUGAGUCGCGUGCCUGACAGCUGCUGUCCCUGGGAACCUGCCCACCCCCUGGCCCUGCUGGCCAGCCUGCUCAGCGGGAAGCUGCUCAAGGGGGCCAGCAAGCUUCUGACCGCCCGCACCGGCAUUGAGGUGCCGCGCCCGCUCCUGCGGAAAAAGGUGCUUCUCCGGGGCUUCUCCCCCAGCCACCUGCACAGCUUCGCCCGGAGGAUGUUCCCUGAGCGGGCCGUCCAGCAGCGCCUGCUGGACAAGCUGGAGGCCAACCCCAACCUCUGCAGCCUGUGCACCGUGCCCCUCUUCUGCUGGAUCAUCUUCCGGUGCUUCCAGCACUUCCACACCGCCUUCGACGGCUCCCUGCAUCUGCCCGACUGCACGGUGACCCUGACCGAUGUCUUCCUGUUGGUACUCGAGGUCCACCUGAACAGGACACAGCCCCGCAGCCUGGUGCAGCACAACACCCGCAGCCAGGCAGAGACCCUCCGUGCCGGCUGGGGCACCCUGCGCUCGCUGGGGCAGGUGGCCCACUGGGGCAUGGAGAAGAGCCUCUUUGUCUUCAGCCAGGAGGAGCUGCAGGCCUCCGAGCUGCCGGAGGAAGCCCUGCAGCUGGGCUUCCUACGGGCCGUGCCCGAGCUGGGCCCCGGAGGGGACCAGCAGUCCCACGAGUUCUUCCAUGUCACCCUCCAGGCCUUCUUUACAGCCUUCUUUCUCGUGGCAGAUGACAAGGUGGGCACCCGGGAGCUGCUCAGGUUCUUCCAGGAGUGGACACCUUCUGGGGAGGCAGCCGCGGUGUCCUGCUAUCCCCUCUUCCGCCCUUGGCAAUGCCUGCAGGCCAGUGGCCUGCCUGGGGAAGACCCCUUCAAGAACAACGAUCACUUUCAGUUCACCAGCCUCUUCUUGUGCGGGCUGUUGUCCAAAGCCAAACAGAAGCUCCUACAGCGCCUGGUACCCACGGCAGCCCUAAGGAGGAAGCGCAAGGCCCUGUGGGCACACCUGUUUGCCAGCCUGCGGUCCCACCUGAAGAACCUACCCCGUAUUCAGUCUGGGAACUUCAGCCAGGUGCAGGCCAUGCCCACCUUCAUCUGGAUGAUGCGCUGCAUCUACGAGACACAGAGCCAGAAGGUGGGGCAGCUGGCGGCCAGGGGCAUCUGUGCCAACUACCUCAAGCUGAGCUACUGCAAUGCCUGCUCGGCUGACUGCAGCGCACUCUCCUUCGUCCUGCACCACUUCCGCAAGCAGCUCGCCCUCGAUCUGGACAACAACAAUGUCAAUGAUUACGGCGUGCGGGAGCUGCAGCCCUGCUUCAGCCGCCUCACUGUGGUCAGACUCAGCGUAAACCAGAUUACCGACAGUGGGGUAAAGGUGCUGUAUGAAGAGCUGACCAAAUACAAAAUUCUCACGUAUUUGGGGUUAUACAACAACCAGAUCACAGACGUCGGAGCCAGGUUCAUUGCCCAAAUCCUGAAUGAGUGCAAAGGCCUCACACACCUUAAACUGGGAAAAAACCAAAUAACGAGUGAAGGAGGGAAGUGUCUGGCCCUGGCUGUGAAGAACAGCAAGUCAAUCUUUGAGAUUGGAAUGUGGGGCAAUCAAAUUGGGGAUGAAGGAGCAAAAGCCUUCGCUGAGGCUCUGAGGAACCACCCCAGCUUGACCAACCUGAGCCUUGCAUUCAAUGGCAUCUCCACAGAAGGAGGAAAGAGUCUUGCACGGGCCCUGCAGCAGAAUGCAUCUCUGAGAAUAUUCUGGUAAUAACUAGGGUCAUUUUGAAGGGUUGGGUCUCAGGAAUUAUUCCAGGGGCUGCACACAGCCUCAAAUCUUAACUGAAAAAUUGCCUCUCAAUUGGAAAGGCUCUAAACCUUUCAAAGUUAGGCUGAUAACUUAAUUUCCUCUUAGAGAAGAAGAUAGCUAUUUCCAGAAGCACAAACGGGUACAGAAGGGUGACAUGGGCCCCG